AUGAGUGACUGUAAAAUCAAAGUAGGUGAUGUUGCAGAGGACGAGAUGAUGUUGGAAGGGCUGCAUCAGCGAUGGACGAGGAGCGAGCAUCGCUGGGAAAUCGUCUAUUUUAAACGGUAGGGGAUUAAGUCAUGGAUAAUUUAAGGUUUUAUCGCUGUUUGCAACUCUUCUAACAUCUAACAUUUAUUUCCAGAAUCACCGUUCUUCUGCUCCUGUGUAUUGUUGGGAUCAGUAUUUUCGAAGGCAUCAGCUGGACUCGCUCCGAUGUAACCAUAAAAUCCGCGGACGUUACGGAUUACUGUGAUGGGGAACUUGUAAGUCCAAAAUUUGAUGCGAAAUGAGGAAAUCUUGCCUUUCAGCUGAGGUAUUAUCACAAGUCGAAGAUCAAAGGGUCCUUCAAAGAGCAGCGGGGUCUUUUGUUCGAUUGUAGGCUUAUGGAAUAUUUGCGAAAGUUCAAAUUAACAGAGAAGGAUCCGGUUAGAGAGGAGAAGGUGGGUAAAAUCAAGAUGCCAUUUUGCAGAUGGCUAAGUCAUUGUAAAAUUCUUAAAUCCUAUUCCAUCUUCGGUGAAAAUAUUUUCAAUUUCAGUCAAAUUUCCCUGAAGACACAGCCAUUGUAAUAGGCGCAGAUUCAGGUUACUACUACUCUACACGAGCCGUAAUCGCCGAAAUACGAAGACACUUUGGGAAUGCCACAAAGAUCAUACUGUAUGAUCUUGGAGGAAUAAAACCUCAUUAUGUAAGUAAUAUAGGCUCUAACUUUAUAGACCAGACGGCAUGAUGACUAUUUUUUCUCUUCAGCAGCAAGAACUCGAUGGAAUUUGCAAUCUCGAAUACCGAGUUUUCGACUUCAACACAUUGCCCGAGCAGGUCCGAGCGAAGAAGAUUUUCUCAUGGAAGAUCUUCAUAUUAGCUGUAAGUACACAAACCUGUAUAAACGAUCUUUGUAGGAAGUGUUUAGAGAGUACAACAACAUCAUGUACAUGGAUUCCUCCAUAUUUAUUCAGACCAACGAAUUCGAGGUCUUUUUCGAGAUGAUGCACGACAAAACGUUGACUCCCAUUCAACUGAGUGGAUGGACUGGGCAUGGCCUCAAAUACGCCACACAUCCAGGUGAGAAAACAAGGGGGAAUAACUGUAAUGGAGGGAACAAGGUCAAUUUAUGAUGUAAGCUUCUUAGACGAGCAUGAGAUUGAAAUUCAAAGGGAUCUAGGAGACAACUGUCGUCAAUAAGUAUGAUUAGAAAUAAGAUUCAAUUGAAAGCAAUUUAGUUAUAUGCCAAGAUUCCACUACGUAUUUUACCAUCAAACAAUCGUGAUAUUUCAUUGAUUUGAGCACUAAUCCAACUCUUUCACUAGCCAUUUUACGUUUUAUGCUUACGUUUCAACCAUAGUGUACCCGAAACCAAACUCUACAAUAUUUUUUCGACAACCACUGGCUUAUUUUAACACCCAAAUUACAUUACGUAUUUUACCAUUAAAUUUCAGGCAUGUAUAAAUACAUUCCCCUUGAUCUGAAUGUCGACAACAAAGCGUGGAUGAUGGAGGCCAACCUCAUACUAAUGCAAAGGACCGAGCAAACAAGGAAGCUCCUAAAAUGGUCAGUAUUAUGUGCAUCUGUGGUUGAAUGCAUCAAUCCGUUCGGUAAGGACUACAAAAAUAUUGCCACAGCUCCUGUUACCGCCAUACUAAAAAGUCCCAUUCCAGGCGCCGAAUACUCGUGUCCCCGAGAUGACGGAUCGAGCGCAGGAAUCUGUCAUCGACAAGAUCAAAGUCUAUUGAAUAUUCUCAUAUAUAAUUUGGAAUACGACAUGAUGUUUGACGGUAAGACCCAAAAACUUAAGCCAACUAAAACUUCAGGUCAUCGAGUAGUUACACACAUGCGAAAAGACCAUCCAAAGAAUACCCGACAACGACACGAAACGAGGCGAUUGCAAUCCACCAACGAUAACAUUGCGCAAUGUUCGAAACCUUAG